UAAGAACCAUAUUCAUUGGUCAACCACUGUAUUAUCAAGGAUUUGGUAAAGUUUAAGACUUUUGCCCAAAACAAACCCUGCUAAGUUUCUUAUAUUAAGUGAAUCCAGAGUGUAGCUUUUUUAGAUUAAACUGCAAAAGAAAACAUGUGGUUUUUUGGAAGUAAAGGACCAUCAGGAUUCUCUUCUUCUUCUACAGCAGAGGAAGUUACUCAAGGGAUUGAUGGAUCUGCCCUCACUGCCAUUGUGACAGGAGCAUCGAGCGGUAUUGGUGUAGAGACAACCCGCGUCCUUGCAUUGCGCGGUGUCCACGUAGUUAUGGCCGUAAGGAAUGUGGAUGCUGGUCGGAAUGUCAAGGAAGCAAUACUAAAAGAAAUACCUGGUGCUAAGAUUGAUGUAAUGGAAUUAGAUCUAAGCUCAAUGGCAUCAAUAAGAAAAUUUGCAUCACAAUAUCAAUCCUCUAAUCUUCCCUUGAAUCUACUAAUCAACAACGCCGGGGUUGUAACACCGUUCAUGUUAUCGCACGACGGCAUCGAAUUGCAAUUCGCAACCAACUAUUUAGGUCCUUUUCUUCUAACCGAUCUUCUAUCGGAGACUAUGAAAAAAACAGCACGCGAAAGCAACAUAGAAGGGAGGAUUGUCAAUGUAUCUUCGAUAGGUCAUCGGUUUACAUAUAGCGAGGGGAUCCGCUUCGACAAAAUCAACGACGAAUCAGGAUACUCCUCUUGGUAUGCUUAUGGACAAUCAAAGCUUGCUACCAUAUUACAUGCCAAGGAGCUUUCUAGGCGUCUAAAGGAAGAUGGGGUGGAGAUUACAGCAAAUUCACUUCAUCCCGGAGGAAUACUGACCAAUAUUAUGCGCCACAAUGGUUUCAUGAAUGGCUUUCUCCAUUUGAUUGGGAAAUAUUUUUUCAAGAGUAUUCCGCAGGGAGCUGCCACUACAUGUUAUGUUGCAUUACACCCACAAGUUAAAGGUGUUAGUGGAGAAUAUUUCAUGGACAGCAACAUAAGUAACCCAAGCUCUAUGGCUAACGACGUAGAUUUGGCUAAAAAACUAUGGGAUUUUAGCUUCACCUUGAUCAAUCCCAAGUAGGUUGGUUCACAAGGCCUUUUCUGAGAGGAUUUGCAUUGUGUCACUUUGAUAUAUGAAGUCAAAAUUGUAUGACUAAGCUUGAAUAUGUUCCAUGUUAUACAAAAUAUAAUGUUAUAUUAAUCUCUAAAAAUGGAAAUGCAAUUAUCUUUGGUAUUUCUUACAGCAACUGUUACUAUUUCCCCUUAGUAUUUUUCAUGUGUGACUAUUAGGGGCGAGAAAAUGAUUAAUUUGGUUAUUUUUACAAUUUCAUGGCUACGAUUAUUUUUACACUGAUGCACUAUAAAUCUAAAGGGGUGUGGGUGUAAGAUUAGACAAACGCUAAAGAAGAUGCAAUUGCCACGUUACAACAUAAGCUGGUGGUCGCAUUUAAGGUUGAUGCGAUUGCCACUUUACAACAUAAAAGCUGGUGGUCGCUUUUUGAGUGAUGGCUAGAAUUUACGACGGAAAAAUGCAAAUACCAAAGAGCAGUAUGGCGUUGAGAGGUGCUGCCAUGGCUGGUGGUGCUUGCAUUGGAAGACAAAGAACCACCCCAUUUCUCCUUUCAUCUUCUCCAUUGUUUUUCAGGGUACGAUCCCUUCAUUCCCCUUCACAUCCUCUCCUAAGAUUCACAUCUUUUCCUAACCCCAAAACUGGAUUUAAGUAUCAGAUUCGGGCAAUACAAGAGGUAACUGCAGAUACUGUAAAAUCCCAGAAAGGAAAAGAAGAUGAUGAAAAGAGUUCCCCACAAAAUUGGAAGAUUAAAAUGCUUUAUGAUGGAGAUUGUCCGCUUUGCAUGCGUGAGGUACACCGUUUUUCAUAUAUAUGGCUUAUGAUAAUAUUUGGCGUUCAUUAUUGUUGAAGGCAGGCCAGAGUCUCACCCCUCAAACAGCAGAGUUAUUGUGUGUGAAGUGUCUAUGCAAGGUUUUACCAGGUUUUGUCUCCCGAUUCCGAAGAGAGCUUAACCGGUAUCAAGGACGUUAGGAGUGUCUUGCCACCAAAGAAAUAUUGAGCAUUUGCCUUAGUGGGGUUGGAACCCAUACACUUAUAUGGCAUUAGUGGCUAAGAACACUACCACUUGAUAGACCUCAAAUCCCACUAAGGUCAAAUGCUUAAUAUUUCCUUGGUAGUGAGGCGGUCCCUAAACUCUGUAAACCCGGUUGGGUUCUUCCUGGAAUUGGAAGACAAAACCCAGGGAUAAAACCGAAUGUAAACACCCUAAGCAUAAUACCGCCACAGUUUGAGGGUCUGAGACUCCAACCUACCCCUUAACAAUUAUCAUAAUCAUUAUCGCUCUGUUUAAUUAUUUAUGUUGUCAUUAAGUUGAUAUGCUAAGGGAGAGAAAUAAGCAAUAUGGCACUAUCAAGUUUGUUGAGAUAAGUUCUGUUGAUUAUUCUCCUGAAGAAAAUCAAGGAUUGGACUACAAAACUGUAUGUUCAUCAUCUACAUCCUUUUUUUAAUCUUUUAGAGAAGUCAGCUAUUUUGUGUGGUCUAUCUUUCAUUUUUUUUCCAAGGUUAUUGAACCCUUUGUAAACAGGCCAAUUUGCCCGGGUCCACAUCAAGACCAAAUAAAGAAUAAAAAAACCCAAUUAUUAAUAGUCCAUUAAAUGUCCAUUUACAGACUUUGAGCCAAUUACCUAGACCCAAAACCCUAAUUUAAAACCCAUAGCCCAAACCUAAUAAGAGCCCAAACGGCCCAAAAACUUAAACAGUUUCAGAAACCCUAGGUCACCCCCCUUUGCGCCGCAACAGUAACUUCCAGCCUCCAAGCCCCAUACGGCCUCCUGGCGCCACAGCCACGCUCGCGCCUCCGUACGCCUCACGCCAAGUGCCAGCACACGCCCUGUACCCCGUACCUGCAAACAAACAAGACAAACAAAGCAGCAAAAAGCAAGAAAAAAUAUUGUAUUUUUAUAUAUUUAUUUUUCUUUUAGAUUUCGGCUAUAAAGCCAAAAAAGAAUGUAUUGAUCUUUUUUAUGCGCAAUAUACGCACACUACACAAACUCAAUACAAAGAAAAAUCAAAACUUUGAAAGGU